UGCCUAUUAAAUUGGUCUUGACUCUUGGUUUUUGUCUACUUUGUGAAUGAGUUUUUACAUUAUUUGUUUAUUUAUUAAAAAUCUUUUAUAAAUUUAUUACAACUUCCAGUUUGAUUGAACUGUUUUAAUUAUACAAUUAAAUUAUGUCUGUCGAUUCUGAUAUGGAAUAUUCAGACAACGAUGGCGACGAAUACGGAGACUACUAUGGAGAGCAAGAUGAUUGUGAAAUGGAAACAGUUGAUCAAAGUAAAACUGAUCCAGAAUAUUUUUUAUUUUCCUGCUUACGAGUUGAAGAAGUUGAAAAAUUGCUUAAUGAAUCCAUUGAACUACUUAGUAAUAGCCUACAAAUAACACCAUCACUAGCAAAGGUGAUUCUACAUGCAUAUGAUUGGAAUGCACAAGAAAUUAUUGAUAAAUAUAAGGAAAACCCAAAUGAAGUUCUAAUACACAGCCGUGUGAAACCUAGAGUGCCUUCACUCUCAGCAAAUAUCAGUUGUUCUACUUGUGCAGUUUGUGCCACUGCUAAUUCAACUCAGAAAUACAGUGCACUUACUUGUGGACACUAUUUUUGCAAUGAGUGUUGGGCGAUGCACUUUGAAGUACAAAUAAUGCAGGGUGUAUCAAAUACUAUACAAUGCAUGGCUCAAGAAUGUGAGGUGAUAGCACCUGAAGACUUCGUAUUGUCCCAUGUGGCAAAACCUACACUCAGAGACAGAUAUCAGCAGUUUAUGUUUAAAGACCAUCUCAAAUCACACCCUCAACUUAGGUUCUGCCCAGGCCCUAACUGUCAGUGGAUAUUCCGAGCUUGGGUGCGUGAAGGUGCCCGCCGAGUGGAAUGCCAGGGCUGUGAGCUGUUGACAUGUUUCUCCUGCGGGGCGCCACAUCACGCCCCCACCGACUGCAUCACAAUACGCCUGUGGCUGACCAAGUGUGCUGAUGAUUCCGAAACAGCUAACUACAUUAGUGCUCAUACUAAGGAUUGUCCAAAAUGUCAGAUAUGCAUUGAAAAGAAUGGGGGUUGCAAUCAUAUGCAGUGUGGAGCAUGCAGGCAUGAUUUCUGCUGGGUGUGUUUAGGAGAUUGGAAGUGUCAUGGCUCCGAGUACUAUGAAUGCAGUCGGUAUAAAGAGGAUCCUAACUUGUCCAGUGACAGUCAACAUGCACAGGCUCGAGAAGCUUUAAAGAAAUACUUACAUUACUAUGAGCGCUGGGAAAAUCAUGCAAGAUCACUCAAGUUGGAGGAACAAACUCUAGCCAGCUUGAAAAGCAGAAUUAAUCAAAAAGUUAUGGCGGGUGAAGGUACCUGGAUUGAUUGGCAAUACCUUUGGGACUCGGCAAAAUUACUAAAACGUUGCAGAUACACACUACAAUAUACAUAUCCCUUUGCCUAUUACAUGGAUGCCGGACCAAGAAAAGAGCUUUUUGAAUAUCAGCAGGCCCAGUUAGAGGCAGAGAUAGAGAACCUUUCCUGGAAAGUGGAGCGAGCUGAAACAACAGACAGAGGCGAUCUUGAAAACCAGAUGGAUAUUGCAGAGAAACGGCGAACAAUACUGCUCAAGGAUUUUCUUGAUAUAAAUACAAAUUGUGCGUCGAGUAGUAAAAUGUAAUGAGUAUCACAAAGAGAUUGAAUAAUUACUAUAAUGAAAUUCAGUCAAGGCACAUCACAUCACACUCACACAUAUAUAUUAUAUAUAUCAUGCAUUGAUAAUUAUUGUUGUAACUGUUAAAGCUAGAAUUUUCUUUUGCCAAAGUAUAUUUAUUGAAGUGAUUUUGCAAGGAAUAGGAAUAGAUCAUAAGGUUGCGCUGUGUAAAUGUUUUAUUUUGAAAUUAAAAAAAUAACUCGCUUACCACCUGUGGAA